AUGACUACUACAAACACGACUACAACUACAAGUAAGAGAAAAGAAUUAAAAAAAAUUAUAAAAAAUUUAUUAUUUCGAAAUAUAAAGAAACAACAGCAACAACGAGUACCUCAAGUUCAACUACAAGUACAUCCACAACGACAUCAACCUCAACAACUUCAACAAGUUCAAGCACGAGUACAUCAACAACGAGUAACAUCGACAACUGCAGCAACAUUUAGUUCUUGUAACAGUCUACGGUGGAAUCAAACAGGUCAAAUCGUUGCUGGAACAACAACAACAGGUUCAGGUGCGAAUCAACUUAAAAAUCCAAGUUGUUUAUACAUCGACAAUAAUAAUACUCUAUAUAUUUGUGAUCAUGAUAAUAACCGCAUUCAGAAAUGGAUUCAAGGUGCCAUAACAGGUGUGACAGUAGCUGGAGAUAGUGCAGGUACUCAAGGUUCAACAUCCAUAUUACUCAAAACUCCCAUAGAUCUUACUUUUGACAACAAUGGAUUUAUGUAUGUCGUUGAUUAUGGCAAUAACCGCGUACAAAGAUUUGCUUCAGGCUCUACUACUGGCACCACUGUUGCUGGAACGACUGCUAGUACAAAUGCAUUGACUGAUCUAAAGCAACCAACAGCCAUUGAUAUUGACAAUAAUUCAAAUCUUUAUAUUCUUGAUAUGGGGAAUACAAGAUUAGUAGAAUGGGCUCCAAAUGCAACAAGCGGUACUCUUCUGAUCAGUAGUAGUACUCUGAAUAAUGAUUAUGAUAUUUUACUCGCACCGAAUUCAUCAAAUCAAAUAUAUAUUAGUGAUCAAGGUGCUCAUGCAUUAUAUUUAUGGACAUUUGGUGUAUCAACUCCAAGUAUGACUCUUCAAACAGUCAAUGAUAGUCACAAUACUCUUAACAAUCAAAUGGGCAUGGUUUUAGAUCCGUAUGGUAAUUUAUAUGUUGCUGAUAGAGAUAAUGAUCGAGUAGUUGUGUAUUGUGCUAAUUCAACAGUUGGUAUUGUUGUUGCUGAAGAUAAUAAUUCUGUACCUUCACUUAAAAAACCAGUCGCUCUUGCUUUUGAUUCUGAUCUGAAUUUGUACCUACUUAGUACAAAUAACGGCCAAGUGGUUAAACUUUCAAAAAUUUAA